AUGUCAUUAAAGCAGAAUUUAAAUGGGCUUGAAACCCAUGAAAAACCCACUCAACAGGUACCAAGUUUCCACACAGGCAAUUAUGAAAUAAACUAUAUUGCCUUGGUAGUAGUUUGUGUGCCGUUCUUUGCAACCAUCGGUGCAAUUCUGAUGGGGGUUCCGUUGCAGUGGAACACUUUAUGUGUUGGCUUUUUAUUUUAUAUUUUCAACGGUAUGAUUGGAAUUACAGUUGGUUAUCAUCGCCUCUUUUCUCAUCGCUCCUAUACGGCAUGCCGCUUCUGGGAGUGUUUGUGCGCUUUUGCAGGGGCUGGCGCUUUUGAGGGUUCCAUCAAAUGGUGGGGCCGUAACCACCGCAUUCACCACCGUUAUGUGGACACUGAUAAGGAUCCUUACAAUGCGAAGCGGGGCUUUAUUUUUUCACAUUUUGGUUGGAUGAUCAUGAAACAGAAUUACUCACUUCUCGGAAAGGUUGACAUAACCGACUAUAAAUACAACAAAGUGGUUCAAUUUCAGCACAAUUACUUCUUUCCACUAGCCGUUCUCUCCGGCAUAGUUUUGCCUACAAUGAUCUGUGGCUUGGGAUGGGGUGAUUGGAUGGGCGGAUACUUUUACGCUUCUCUUGCCAAGAUUGCCUUUGUUCAUCACAACACCUUCUUCAUCAACAGUCUAGCCCACACCAACCUUUUUGGAGCCAAGCAGAAUUUUUCUGAUCUCCACAGUUCACACGAUUCGGCUAUCUGUGCAUUUGUCACCUUUGGUGAAGGCUACCACAACUUUCAUCACGAAUUCGCGAAUGAUUACCGCAACGGUAUUCGUUGGUAUCACUUUGAUCCAACGAAGUGGACCAUCUGGCUAGGCUCUCGUCUGGGCUUAGUGAAGAACCUUGUGUACACCCCCGAGGAUGUUAUUGAGAGGAAUCGUAACAUGAUGCUUAAGAAACGAACCGAAGCAAAACUGAAUAAACAAAAUUCUUAG